AUGUCCUCAUCUCAAGAUCCCUCGACCAACGUCUCCAUUGAUCGUUUCAAUGGAGACAACUACGCGAGUUGGAGCCGCUACAUGCGUGGCGUGUUCCUGACCAAGUUGGCGUGGCACGUCGUCAACCGCGAGACGACCCCCCACCUUCGCCGAUCCUCGCGCCAGUGA